AGCAAGUUCCGGGCGAUAAUUUCUCCCUCACCGACUUCCAAUUCGCGGCCUCACCCCGCGCCUCUCUUCUCCCACUUUACCUCUUCUCCAAACCAAACAAAAACCCUAGACCCCAUUUCCUUCCCCAGAGCACCGCUCGACUCAUCCCUUCUUAUCGCAAAAUGGCCUUCGAAGACGACGAACACGAAAGAGUAGGAGGAGAGGAAGAAGAAGCCCAUCUCCAGUCGCUUCUCGAAGCUUCUCGAACCCCCGAGGGCCGCUCCCGCCUCGCCGGAACCCUAGCCCCCCUCCUCCUCCGCCGCCUCUCCCCCUCCUCCCCUCCCCGCAUCCUCCUCCUACGCCUCCGCCUCCUCCGCAACCUCUGCGCCGGGGACGUCGCCAACCAGGGCGCCUUCCUCGAAUCCGACGGCGCCGGCGCGGUCGCCGCCGCGAUCCUCCGGUCGCCGCCGGAUCCGACGGCGGAGAUCCGCCGGGCGGGGCUCCAGCUCCUCGGGAACGCCGCGCUCGGCGGGGAGCCCCACCGGGGCGCCGUGUGGACCCGGCUCUUCCCCGCCGGGUUCUUGGAGCUGGCCCGGGUCCGUGAACCCGGCGUUUGCGACCCCCUUUGCAUGGUGCUCGACACGUGUUGCUCCUCCGUUGGUGGGCGAGGGCGCUUGGAGGAGCUUUGUGGAACAGCGGCUGGGAUAGCUAUUAUCGUGGAGAUCGUGACCACUGCGUCUCAAGUUGGCUAUCAAGAGGAGUGGCUGGAGUGGCUUCUUUUCAAAAUCUGCGUGGAGGAGCGAAACUUCUCGAAUUUAUUCACUAAACUGAGCUUACCAGACGAUCCCGAUAGCUCUCCUCCACAUGAACUCGAAUCUGUAAAAUUCAACAUUAAGCAUGCAUUCCUCCUGGGGAUUCUUUCAAAGUGCUUGAGCGAGCGGCCGAAAGAAGUUAUUGUUUCCAACGAGUUCGCUCUUGACAUGCUGAAAAUUCUCAAGAGAGCUUCUGAAACUGUGGAUUUUGCUUCUCGAGGAAGCGCGGCUCUUCCUACCGGUUCUCCUGCUAUUGAUGUCUUGGGGUAUUCACUCCUCAUUUUGAGGGAUAUUUGUGCUUGGGAGCAUCCUUAUUCGCCUUCUUUAGACGCCCCCAUAGACUCAUUGCUCAAUGCUGGUCUUUUCGAGCUCCUUCUAACUUCCCUUCGCGAGCUCGAACCCCCGGCAAUCGUGAGAAAAUCCAUGGCGAGGGAACAAGCAAUUGAUCAAUUGACAUCUAGCCCUUCAAAUGUCUGCCCUUACAAGGGGUACAGGAGAGAUUUGGUUUCUGUCAUUGCGAAUUGCUUGCACCGAAGGAGGCGAGUUCAAGAUGAGGUCAGAAGGCAGAACGGGAUCCCGUUGCUCUUGCAGCAAUGCGUAGUCGACGAAGAUAACCCGUUGUUGAGAGAGUGGGGAUUGUUGGCGGUUAGGAACUUGCUCGAGGGGAAUGUGGAGAACCAGAAAGAAGUGGCGGAGUUCGAAAUGCAAGGGCCUGUCGUCACGCCGGAAAUCGCGCAGUUAGGGCUUAGAGUGGAGGUAGAUAAGGAAAAUCGGCGUGCAAAGCUGGUCAAUAUCAGCUGAUGUAAGUUGGAUUUGCACUUGAACUAGAGUUUUAGUGUGGCCGCUUACAAAGAUUUUAUGUUUUGUUGCUAAUUCAUGUGUGAGAUAUUUCUUUAUGUACUUUUCCUGCUCUUUUUGUGUUCGAUACGAUCAUACAAAUGACAGGUUAUCAGCCCAAUGUAUUCCAUAUGAUCAGGUAACACUAACUAUUAUGUAAUAGACUUCAUUAACAGUAUUU